AUGGAUUUCGAUGAAUCAUCUGGAUCUUCUAACGAGUCUGCCGAUUACGAAGAGCGUGUACAGAACGUGAUUCUUCGAGUCGUCGAACUAGUUAGACGGCGGGAAGAACAACCUGCCCCAAUCAUUCACCGAAGAGUACCAGUUGAUCGUGAUCGUAUUCAAGCACACACUCGUUUGAUGCAUGACUACUUUGCUGAUGAACCGCGAUACAACACGAGACUUUUUAAGCGAAGGUUUCCUAUGUCAAAAAAUUUAUUUGAGCGGAUAGACGGUGAUUUGGAGGCUAGGUACCCUUAUUUUCAGACGAGAUAUGAUCGUGCUGGGAGAAGAGGGUUCACCGGAGUACAAAAGUAUACAUCUGCAAUUCGUCAAUUAGCAUACGGCUUUAAUAGUGAUUUUCUUUACAAGUAUUUGCAGAUGUCUGAGCGAACAUCAUGGGAAGCUUGCCUACAACUUUGUGUUGAUUAUAUGCAUUGGCCAUGGGAGAUGUGCCCGGCGGCGUGGCUAGGUAGUUACACAAGCGGGCAUGUGGGUAGACCAUUAUUGAUCCUUCAGGCUGUAGCAUCCAACGAUCUAUGGAUUUGGAAUGCGUACUUUGGACAGCAAGGUUCUCACAACGAUAUCAAUGUGUUCAAAGCAUCACCGAUUCUUGAAGAAAUUGUGAAUGGAUUCACACCCAGCACUUCGUUUUGGGCAAACGGAAACCAUUACGAGAAGGGAUACUAUUUGGGCGACGGCAUCUAUCCCGAAUAUGCUACAUUUGUGAAGAAGACAUUUUAA